GCCUUCUCCUCAGGCGCUUGAGGGGCUCGGACACGCCAUCCUCUCUCUCCUCUGUCCCCCCCCAAGGACCCUGGUCAGGUGCCGGGCACCGUAGUGAGCGCCGCCGCGGAGAGCAGCUAACCAGGUCGGGCCCAGUCUAGGCCCGCGCAGCCCUCGCGUCCGCCGAUGUCCAGGGCCGGCGAGAGAUACCCACAGCCCCAUCCGCUGAUCCCCCGGCCGCGGAGGGGACGGGCUCGGAUGAUGGCCAGCGCCCUUCUGGUCCUCUGCUUGGUCGGACUGAGCGUCCUGGGGCCCCCCGCCGCCUCGGCCCUGCCCCUGCUCCUCGGCCACUUCUUGGCCCUGCACGUCGGACAACUGGCCCAGAGGGUCUGCGGCCUGGCCGAAGAGCUCGGCCACGUCCGGGAGAGGUACCAGGGCAGCUACUGGAGGGCUGCCCUCUCCUGCCUCGGUGGGUCCGUCCGGCUCGGCACCCUGCUGCUCCUCUGCACCUAUUUCCACGUCGCCUUUUGCCCUGAGCUGGAUCUGCCCCUGGCCCUGACUCUGGAGUGCCUCUGCCACCUCCUGAGCCUCAUUCUGGGACUCCAGCCCCUGACCCCAGCAGAGAUCUCUGAAGUGUGUGAGAAGAGGCACCUCAAUGUCGCCCAAGGGCUGGCCUGGAGCUACUAUAUUGGAUACCUAAAACUCAUCUUGCCCGGUCUGCGGGAGCGGGUCCUGAGUUCGACAGGCUGGGCGGAGCGGGGUCUCGGGGGGGUGUCCAGCUGGAGGCUGCACAUCCUGCUGCCCCUACACUGCGACGUGCGCGACGACCUUCAGGGAGCCGACCCCGCCGUCCGCUUCCUCGGCCAUCUGCCCGACCUCUGCCACGACCGGGCCGGGGUCAAGGCGAGGGUCUACAGAAACAGCCUCUACGACAUCUGGGACCGCGGCCAGAGGGCGGGCACGUGCGUCCUGGAGUUUGCGACGCCCCUGCAGACGCUCCUGGCCAUGUCCCGGGAUGGACAGGCGGGACUGGGCCGGGAAGAGCGACUGGAGCAGGCCAAGCUCUUCUGCCGGACCCUGGAUCAGAUCCUGCAGGAUUGCCCGGACUGUCGAGACUGUUGCCGCCUUGUCAUCUACCAGGAGCCCGAGGCCGGCGGGGCGUCCAGUAGCUGCCUGGCCCAGGAGAUCCUGCGACAUCUGCAGCAGCAGCGAACGGAGGAGUUCGCCAUGGGCCCGGGGCCCGAAGAAACCACGGGGCCCCCCACGCCCACCUCCCUCUCCCAAGAGCCACACUUCCUCAUCAGCACCAGCCUGGAGCAGCCCAAGACCCUCCUCCCCAACCACUUCUGA